UAAGGAAAAAGUAAUAAAGAAAGUUCAUCUUUAGUGACUGAGACUGGUUCUUUUAUCUGACCGGCCCGGAGGAUCUGAGGGUUCGAACGCGGAAGUGAACCACGCGUCUUAUUCAUUCUGCGUCCAGCGGCUCCUCUGUAGAUGUCUGCGCACUCAAAGGCAGCAGGGAGGGGAGGGGGUGAGGGCCGGUUUAGGUGAUCAGAGCGACUUGCCCGCUUGCUGGCUGUGCAUUUGGGAUGAAACGCACAACUGAUGCUACCACAGUUUAUAGUGGCUACUGGGGUGUCCGUGGGGUGGCCACUGGGGUGGCCAGGUGUCGGAGAGGGGUGGCAGUGGCCACCCCUGGCCACCCCCUGGUGGCGCCACUGGAGACAUCACGUGAUUCGUUAUCACGAGAGGAGUCCUCUGUCAGGUUUCCAUCUCCGCGCAUAUUUACUAAAGGAAGACGCAUCCGGUCGUCAUUAAGAAUCUAAGGAUUAGCAGCAUCCUCAGUCCAGAUGAACUCCAAGCUCACCAAGACGCAGCAGAAAGCGAUCUGCUCUCAGCUGGGAAAAGUCAAACUGAAUUUGCUCUACAAAGCCAGCAUCCAUGGUUUCACUGGAGCAGAUUUCCACCAACACUGUGACAACAAGUCACCCACUGUGUCUGUGGGCUACAACACCUCUGGACAUGUGUUUGGAGGCUACACCAGUCAACCGUUCAGUCAGUCUGGACAGUUUGUAAAUGAUGGCCAAGCCUUUCUGUUCUCCUUCAGUGGAGAAAAGCUCAACAAAUAUCCAGUCAACGAUGCUCAAUAUGCGUUGAGAAUGCACAGCACCUGUGGUCCUUAUUUUGGAGAAGCAUUAAUUCUUGUCCAUGGAAACCAACCAAAGGUGUACAGCAAUCCUGGAAAGUAUUAUAACUUCAAUACUGCAGAGCUGCACGGCAACGACCUCACCAUGACCGAGUGUGAAGUUUACCAAGUGGAAGAGACUGUUGAAUUGGAGAAACCCUGGAGAGUUGUAAUCUGGGAGUCUAAGAGAAAGUCUGAGCUGAUGGAGAGCAUUCGAACCUACAGACCUUUGAACAGCUCAGUGACCCAGGCUCGGGUUUUACUCAUUGGACCAGUUGGAGCUGGAAAGUCCAGCUUUUUCAAUUCCAUCAACUCCAUUUUUAGAGGUCAUGUCACCAGUCAGGCCAUAUCUGGAAGCUGCUCCACCAGUCUGACGACACAGUUUCGAACAUACACCGUGAAGGCUGGAAGAGAAGGCAAACCUCUGCCACUCAUCCUGUGUGACACCAUGGGACUGGAGGAAAACGUGGGAGCAGGAAUUGAUAUAGACGACAUCAGCAAUAUUCUUAACGGUCAUCUGCCUGACCGUUACCAGUUCAACCCCUCUGUUCCUCUGCAAUCAGAGGCUCACGGUUUCUGCAAGAGUCCAGGUCUAAAAGACAAGAUCCACUGUGUGACUUAUGUCCUGGACGCCAGCAAGAUCUCCAUCAUGUCCACAAAGAUGGAGGAAAAGCUGAAAACUAUCCGUAGGAAGGUCAACUUGAUGGGGAUCCCUCAGCUGGUGUUGCUCACUAAAGUAGAUGAAGCCUGCUCUUUGGUGAAAGAAGACAUCAGAAAUGUCUACAGAAGCAGCUACAUUAGAGAUGUGGUGCAGGAGGCCGGCACUCGGGUCGGUGUACCUUUGUCCUGCAUCAUUCCAGUGAAGAACUACAGUCAGGAGCUGGAAUUAGACACGAACAUCGACAUCCUGCUGCUCAGUGCAGCCGUUCAGAUGCUUCGCUUUGUGGAUAACUUCUUUGAUGACCUCAGUGAUCAGCUGAGCAGUGUCACAAACGUGAAAUAAACAUCACAAACCCAAAAAGUGCAAGACAGCUCAUCAGUAUUUAUGCUUUCAGAAUGAAAACUGCUUGCUGGACCGCAAAAACUACAAUUCUCAAUACUGAGAUUACAAACUACUAUGUUGCUUCAAAUUUGUCAAAAUGACUAAAGCUUAGAAAAUUACAAUAGUAGAAAACCUGGUGGUUGUGUAGUUGCUAUAAUGUACACAAAGCUGAUUGUCAUUCUGAGCUCUUACUCUUUGAAAGUGUAAAAAGUUUGAAAAAAAUGAAUCAGAAUCUUCUGCUUGUUAUUAAAAACCAAUACAUAUAUAAAUAAAUAAAGCGGUAUGUGGCAGGAAA